AUGGCAAGUUCACCGGCGCGACAGAGCUUAGUUCAUGAUGUUAUACAUAGGCAUGAAGACGGCACCUUCGUCUUGCGCAAGCUCAUAUCUGACGUCCCGCUCUCCGCAGAUGGGCAGACGUCAGACAUCAGAAUCACCUGCGUAGAAGUUUACAACGAGAAUCUGUAUAUUGGCACAUCCGCUGCAGAAAUCCUUCAUUUCGUCCUUAUCCCGGCCGAACCCGAUGAUGCCUCAGAUGAACCCACGCCGAUGCUGGCUUCAAGGCAACAGCCAGCCUAUGCACAAGACCUGAAAGCCGGUAUACAACAGAUUCUUCUUCUUCCGAAGGUCAAUAAAGCCUGCAUAAUCUGUAACAACACAUUGACAUUCUACUCACUUCCCGAACUGAGUCCCGCAUUCCCAAGCACCAAACCCAUCGCCUGUACACAUGUCGGAGGCGUAGAUCAAAAUCUCGAAGAAGAUGAUGAGGAUAACGAAGAUAGUAUGGCCAUUCUUAUGGCCCAGAAAAACAACCUGCGCAUGGUCAGAGUGACUGAAGAAGGCCCGAGGAGUAAGAAAAGCGUCCAGUACGGCGGUUGCUUGGUAACAAGAAGGCGUGGUGACAUCGCCUGCGCAGCAGAUCAACACUCCUAUGCCUUGCUAGAUGUUGAUCAGCAACAGAAGGUUCCACUAUUUCCUAUAUCGACACUGGACGAGGAAGCUAGUGGAAUUGUCGCCGGCCCAACUCAGGAUAUUUCGACAAGCUCAGGGCACCAUACGCCAUCGAAGAGCAUGGCAUCUACCCAAGGGUUACCAGCCCGGGGACAGCCUGAAGGUCGAACUCAUGGCCGAAGCACAAGUCUGGGCAUUUUUGGAGACCAACGGAAAUUAGAAAGCCCGCGGCCAGGGAGUCAGUCGAGAUAUGCUUUCGAUGCGCCCGACUUUUUUUCAAGAUCCCGCUCGCCAUUUCCAGUACCAACCCCAGACGAUAGAUCACCAGAAAGAGGUGCGACUCCGGCCCCCGGUCCAGAGGGAUCAGAUAAGCCUCUUCCAGCACGCCCGGUAGAACAUCAUCCAGAGUCAGAGCCUAUAUCAGUCACACCCCCCGAGCCGUUGAAGAAGUUCGUCCCAUUGAUGCCUCACAUCAUCUCACCGACACCAAAUGAGUUUCUCCUCACUACUGGAACAACUCCUGAGGAUAGAGGCGUAGGGUCGUUCGUCAAUCUUGAUGGUGAUCCCUCACGUGGUACAAUGGAAUUCAGCUCUUACCCAAUUAGUAUUAUUUCGGAUGGCAGAGGCAUUGAUCCUAGUAGUUCUAUGGGCCCAGGCGAGACACCUGAAGAAGGUUAUGUCCUGGCCAUGGUGUACUUGUUCAAAGAUGAACAGCACAAAGUCUGUGUUGAAGUACAACGCUGGGACACGGAACCAGGAGAAAGCGCAUCCCUGAAAGAAUGGAUCGACAUUUCAACGGUCAAUGACACCUCACAUCCAAAUAUAUCAGCAGGCAUGUCAAGUAUGGUUGUCAAGACGGGCCUGAUUUUACCAGAGCUGGGACAGAAACUGACACCUAGGCAAAUGGAUCUGCGUGGAUUGACCAGUGAAAAGCUGGUACCGGUGCGGUCGUCAUCGCUCAAGUCAGAUGACCAGGGUGCAAAGCAGUAUGCUGAGCGAUUAUCUCAAUGGCAGGCUCGGAGUGUGCUCUGGUCUAGUAAUAAUGUAUGGUGGAUCGUCAGAAACCCAAUGAUCCUGAAACUCGAUGCUAGGCUCUACAACGCGCAACACUCAGAAACUGCUGACUCAAAGAUGGUGCCCAACCGAGAGCAGAUCGAACUUUUACUAAACGAUCUGCACGGGCUUCAGGGCUGGACUGAAGUCGACUAUCUGGGUCUUGGAUAUAUUCGACAGAAAGCAUCUUUGUUAUUGUUCAUGGACCUCAUAAUUCGCACAAUCUCAGACGUCCUAGUCUUUGAAAAGGACAAAAGAUCGACCGAAGAAGCCUUGAUUCAAGGCGAGGUUGACCCCCGUAUCAUUCUCGCUCUGUUGCCACAAUUUAAAGACGAGGUAGUGCAAGGGCCAAGCGGAAUCUCGAUACUAGGAGGUCUCAAGAGUACCAUUGAAGCCUUUCUAGGGCAGUAUGAUGUCACGAAGAUCUCCCGAGACCCCAAAAGCCCUUUUGGUGACAAUUUACUUCAGCUCAUAAGACGCUAUCUGGGUCUAUGGAGGCAGAAGAAAGGCAUGGCCAGUAUUGCAGACGAUAAGGAAGUUUUCCAGACCGUGGACGCUGCUCUCCUGCACAUUUUGCUUCUCUUGGAUAGACACAGCACACAUGGUCCAUCCACCAAUGCAAAUUUGCGGAAAGAGCUUAAUAGCUUACUCGACGGUGGUGUAGAUUGUUUCGAACGGGCUGUGGAGCUACUUGAACAAUAUCAGCGCCUUUUCCUGCUCAGUCGGCUUUACAUGAGUAAGAGAUUGGUAGGCAAAGUACUCGAGACAUGGAGACGUAUUCUCGAAGGCGAGAACGAUGAAGGUGGAGAGUUUGCUGAUGGAGAAAUUCGAAUGCGGAAGCAUCUAGCUGAAGUCCGCGAUCCGGCACUUAUGGAAGAAUACGGAACGUGGCUAGCGAACCGAAACCCGAAGCUCGGGGUGGAGCUAUUCGCCGAUGACAAUGCGAGAGUAAAGUUCGAGCCUGCGCGUGCGGUUGAGAUACUCAAAGCCAGGGCUCCGGGUGCAGUGAAAGAGUACCUUGAGUACCUCGUGUUCGGGAAAAAACUCUCGAAGUACGCCAAUGACCUUAUCGGCUUCUACUUGGACUCGGUGAUUGAGCAGCUCUCAUCCUCACCCGAAACACGGACCAUUCUCCUCCAGACCUAUGAGACAUAUAGAGCCCUUCGUCCCCACAAACCCACAUAUCGACAAUUUAUUACAGAAAACUCGCUGGGUGUGGAGUGGUGGGACAAUCGAUUGCGCCUUCUACAACUACUCGGCAGCGCCACAGGCUCUGCUGUUGCAGACUACGAUGUUGUAAAUGUUAUGUCUCGACUGAAAGCCUACGAGAACGAGCUAGUACCGGAGAUGAUUGUUCUCUCGGGUCGACAAGGAGAGCACGACUCGGCCAUCCGCCUGCUUACCCACGGCCUUGGCGACUUCGAUACCGCAGUGAACUAUUGUCUUCUCGGAGGGUCAUCCAUCUUCCGACCCUCACUAGGAUAUGUACCUGACAAUGCCAUGCCAUCUCGGGAGGAGCAGGGCCGAUUGUUUAAGGUCCUACUCGCAGAGUUCCUAAAAAUCGAGGAUCUUGGGGAACGUAUUGAACGCACAGGCGAACUGCUCGAAAGAUUUGGUGGCUGGUUCGAUGUCAUGGAUGUCCUGAGCCAGGUGCCGGACGAAUGGUCCGUGGAAAUAUUUGGGGGCUUCCUUGUCAGUGCACUACGAGAAUUAGUGCGAGAUAGACACGAGAGCGAAGUUGUUAAGGCACUCAACGGGGCGGUCAAUCUAAGGUCAAGUGCUGAUCUGAUAGAAAAGACCGAAGCGGAGAAACCUACUCUGGAAACGGUGAAGUGA